AAAUUCCCGACGGCUUUUGUUGUAGAAGCCCUGGAAACAGCCAGAAUAAACGUGACCAAGUCAAAGUAAUGGCGCCAAAGGCAACCAGAAAUCAAAGUCCGCCGUCCGAUCCUCAGGGAAUGUUCGCCGGAAUGGUCGUCUUCUUAGUCGAAAACGGCGUUCAGAGUCGCCGUUUACAGAUUUGGAAGCAAAAAUUGGUCCAAAUGGGGGCCUCCAUUGAGGAACACUUAACCAAAAAGGUCACUCACAUACUUGCUGUGAGCGCAAAAGCCCUCUUAGAACGAGUGGGCAGUGAGAAAUUGGCUAAUUUCAAAGGAAGUGUUUUAGUUUAUCAGUGGCUUGAGGACAGCUUGAGCUCAGGAAAAUUGGUGUCUGAGGAUUUGUAUCCUCUAAAAUUGGAAGCAGAAAAGUCUUCCAGUGAUUAUGUUUCGAGUGAUGACGAAAUACCAAAACCGAAAAAGAGAAGAUCAUCUUCUCCUGGUGAUGAGUCGGUUCAGACCUCAAUACCCAAAACCCACGAAGCCCCAAAUAAGGAUCAGGUUGCAGCAUUGGAAUCAACCGUGCCCUACAGCCCACCUGAUUUAAAUAGGAACAUAACCGAGAUUUUCGGGAAACUUAUCAAUAUAUAUAGAGCCUUGGGUGAUGACCGAAGAUCAUUUAGCUAUUACAAGGCUAUAGCGGUUAUAGAGAAGUUACCUUUCAAGAUUCAAAGUAUGGACCAAGUUAAGGACCUACCCAACAUUGGAAAGUCAAUGCAAGAUCAUAUUCAGGAGAUCGUGACUACUGGGAAGUUAUCCAAGUUGGAGCACUUUGAAACAGAUGAAAAGGUACGAACAAUCGCCUUAUUUGAGGAAAUUUGGGGUGUUGGUCCAGCUACCGCACUGAAAUUAUACGAGAAAGGAUACCGCACAUUAGAUGAUUUGAAGAAUGAAGAUUCAUUAACUAAAUCACAGAGGUUGGGGUUAAAAUAUUAUGAUGAUAUCAAACAGAGGAUCCCACGUCACGAGGCUGAAGAGAUGGAGCGCCUUCUACAGAAAGCCGGAGAGGAAGUUUUGCCUGGGGUGGUCAUUGUAUGUGGAGGCUCGUACAGACGUGGGAAAGCUUCUUGUGGGGAUCUGGAUGUUGUAAUUACGCAUCCUGAUGGAAUGAGUCACAAAGGCUUUUUACCAAAGUUUGUAAAGCAUUUAAAGGAUAUGAAGUUCUUAAGGGAGGAUUUGGUUUUCAGUACCCAUAGUGAGGAGGGUACUGAUUCUGGCGUCGACACAUAUUUCGGGCUUUGCACAUAUCCUGGACAAGAGCUGCGGCAUCGCAUAGAUCUUAAGGUCUACCCACGGGAAAUAUAUGCUUUUGGACUAAUAGCUUGGACGGGGAAUGAUGUAUUGAAUCGGAGGUUGAGAUUACUAGCUGAAUCUAAAGGAUUCCGGCUUGAUGACACAGGGCUGUUUCCAGCCACGCAGGGCUCUUCUGGCGGUAAACGGGGAGCGAGGGCUAGCGCAAGCUUGAAGUUUGAUACAGAAAAGGAGGUGUUUGAUUUCCUCGGGUUUCCUUGGCUCGAACCGCAAGAGAGAAAUCUGUGAAAUGUGUAAAUGUUUUGUACGAGUUGUUUAUUCCUGUUGACAUAGGAUCCCUUGUAAAUCGUGUAGCUCUUUUGUUACUUAAAGAUGAGUAAGAACUUCUACUCAAAAUUCUUAGUUUUUUAAUUACAGAGCUUUAUGCUUAUGAUUAGAACUGUUCAUACUA